UCUCUCAUCUCUCUCUCUCUCUCUUUUACUCUGUGUGUGUGUGUUUUCACCUUAAAACUUCACCAUUUCAACAAAUCGGUUCUCGACGCUGAAUCGUUUUGUUCAGUCCGCAACAUUUUGGAGCAGUCAACGGCCGGCGAUUGCAGUUCCAGAUUUGGAUUGAGUUGACUCGGUGAGUUCAACGACUAAACUCGUUAUACUCUGAAACACUUAACAGCCGGCGAUUAGAGAAUUGAUUGAACCAUUGAGUCAAAGUCAGCCAGACUCGUGAUUUGAGCGAAUACAUCUUUGGCUAUGGAGAGAAGAGGAAAUGGGGUUCCGAGCUCACCCUCAAACACGCCAAGAUCCAUUGACAAGGUGGUAAGAGAUGUUCGACCAGGAGAAGGAAAUAUAAGUGGUAAACAUGAUAGAGAAAAAGGCGUGAACGUUCAAGUGAUUGUGCGAUGCAGACCGUUGAAUGAUGAUGAGACAAAAUCGCACACGCCAGUGGUGAUUACAUGUACUGAGAACAGGAAAGAAGUUUGUGCAAUUCAGAAUAUAGCUAACAAGCAGAUUGAUAGAUCAUUCGUAUUUGACAAGGUCUUCGGUCCGAACUCGCAACAAAGGGAAUUGUAUCACGCAGCUGUCUCUCCCAUAGUUUUUGAAGUUCUUGAGGGGUACAAUUGCACUAUAUUUGCUUAUGGCCAGACAGGAACUGGGAAAACAUACACAAUGGAGGGAGGAGGGAGGAAAAGGAAUGGAGAAUUCCCAAGUGAUGCAGGUGUUAUUCCCAGAGCUGUACGGCAGAUAUUUGAUAUUUUAGAAGCUCAAAGUGCAGAGUACAAUAUGAAAGUUACAUUCUUAGAGCUUUACAAUGAGGAGAUAACGGAUCUUUUAGCUCUUGAGGAAUCUUCAAAAUUUCCGGAAGACAAAUCAAAAAAACCCAUAGCCCUCAUGGAGGACGGAAAGGGAGGCGUACUUGUAAGAGGCUUGGAAGAGGAGAUAGUUUCCACCGCAGAUGAAAUUUACAAAAUCUUAGAGAAAGGAUCUGCUAAAAGGCGUACUGCAGAGACCCUUCUGAAUAAACAAAGUAGUCGUUCUCAUUCAAUAUUUUCUAUCACAAUUCACAUUAAGGAACGUACACCAGAAGGCGAAGAGAUUAUUAGAUGUGGCAAGCUCAAUCUUGUUGAUCUUGCUGGUUCAGAGAAUAUUUCGAGGUCUGGUGCCAGAGAGGGAAGAGCAAGGGAAGCUGGUGAGAUAAACAAGAGCUUGCUUACACUUGGCCGAGUCAUAAAUACAUUAGUUGAGCACUCAGGGCAUAUACCUUAUAGGGAUAGUAAAUUAACAAGGCUGUUGAGGGAUUCCUUGGGAGGGAAAACAAAGACAUGCAUAAUUGCCACCAUCUCCCCCUCUAUCCAUUCUUUGGAGGAGACACUCAGCACUUUAGACUAUGCACACCGAGCAAAAAAUAUCAAGAACAAACCGGAGAUUAAUCAGAAGAUGAUGAAAUCUGCAAUGAUGAAAGACCUGUACUCUGAAAUUGAACGGCUCAAGCAAGAGGUCUACGCUACAAGAGAGAAGAAUGGAAUCUACAUACCAAAAGACAGAUAUCUACAGGAAGAAGAGGAGAAGAAGGCAAUGGCUGAAAAAAUAGAGCGAAUGGAACUUGAUGUUGAGUCAAGGGGCAAGCAAUUUAUGGAGCUUCAGGAGCUUUAUAAUUCUCAACAGCUGGUGAAUGCAAAUUUAAGUGGGAAGCUUGAGAGGACAGAGAUAAAACUCCAAGAAACUGAACAUUCCUUGUUGGAUCUUGAAGAAAGGCAUAGACAAGCAAAUAUAACAAUCAAAGAGAAAGAAUUUCUUAUCUACAACCUUCUCAAGUCUGAAAAAGCUCUUGUUGAGCGGGCAUUUGACCUUCGAGCGGAGCUUGAGAAUGCUUCAUCUGACGUGUCUAGUCUGUUCACCAAGAUUGAGCGCAAGGAUAAAAUAGAAGAUGGAAACAGAAUUCUUGUCCAGCAAUUCCAAUCUCAAUUAACCAAACAGCUUGACAUCUUGCAUAAGAGUGUAGCAGCUUCUGUGACGCAACAAGAGCAACAACUGAAAGGCAUGGAGGAAGAUAUGCAAUCAUUUGUAUCAACCAAGGGUCAGGCUACUGCAGAACUCCAAGCUGGUUUAGAGAAGUUGCAAACAUUGUAUGGUUCUGGUAUUAAAGCUCUGGAUAAUCUAGCGAAUGAACUUGAUGGAAAUUCACAAUCAACACUUGGACAUCUUAAUUCUCAAGUCUCCCAAAAUUCUUCUGCUCUUGGGGAUCUUUUCAAGGGUAUUGCAUCAGAAGCUGAGGAACUACUCAAUGAUCUUCAAGGCAUUCUCCAUAGCCAAGAAAACAAACUAGCCACAUAUGCACAAGAACAAAGGGAGGCACAUGCUAGAGCUGUUGAAACCUCGCGGUCAAUUUCCAACAUUACCACAAACUUUUUCGUUACCCUAGACAUGCAUGCAACCAAAUUGACACAAAUUAUUGAAGAGGGCCAGACUGUCAAUGACCAAAAAUUAUCUGAACUUGAAAAGAAGUUCGAGGAGUGUGCUGCCAAUGAAGAAAGACAACUACUAGAGAAAGUUGCAGAACUGCUUGCAGUUUCAAAUGCUAGGAAGAAAGAACUGGUUACAACAGCAGUAAAUGGUCUACGAGAAAGUGCAGUUAGUAGAACCAACAGAUUCCAGCAAGAAAUGUCAACCAUGAAAGAAUCAAGCUCUUCUGUGAGAGUUGAAUGGAAAAAUUACACUAUAAAAGCUGAAGCCCACUACCUUGAGGAUACAGCUGCAGUUGAAAAUGGAAAGAAAAAUCUGGAUGAUGUUCUUCAUAAUUGUUUGCAAAAGGUGCAGAUGGGAUCACAACAAUGGAGUAGUGCUCAGGAAUCUUUGCUCAGUUUAGAGAAGAACAAUGUGGCUUCUGUGGAUGAAAUAGUUAGGGGAGGACUAGAAGCCAAUCAAAAUUUGCGUUCCCAGUACUCGGUCGCAGCAUCAUUGGCACUUAAUGAUACAAAUGUUGCUAGCAGUAACCUCCUUUCCUCCAUUGACCAUUCUUUACAACUUGACCAUGAUGCAUGCCGGAAUCUUGACUCCAUGAUUGUUCCUUGUUGUGGAGAACUGAGGGAACUGAAGGGUGGACACUAUGAUAAAGUUGUAGAGAUCACAGAUAAUGCAGGAAAAACCCUCCUAAAUGACUACACGGUUGAUGAACCAUCAUGUUUGACACCGAGAAAGAGACCAUUCAAUCUACCAAGCACCACAUCAAUUGAAGAGCUACGAACCCCACCAUUUGACGAGCUACUGAGAUCUUUUUGGGAUUCAAAAUCAUCGUCUCCAAAGCUACCAAAUGGCGAUGCGAAGCAUCUGGAUGGUGCUGCUCAUUCCAUGAGAGACUCACGGCACCCACUCACUGCUGUUAAUUAAGAGAAAAAGAACUUUUUAAAUAGAAAAGUGUACAUAGAUGCAUAUGGGUAUACAAAAUAUUAUUUGUUGGAUGAAUUUAUACAGGAGAUUCAAAUUUAGGUUUGAAUAUCAAGUGUUUCAGGAUGGAUCGUUGCAUUGUUUGUAACCGCAGAUUAUGAGUACAACGGCGGUGUAUGUCCAUAUAAUCGCAGAUUUAUUGCGCGCACUUUGUUAUUAUGUAAUAGUAUGGUUCUCGUGUAUGUGAUGAA